GAACUAUUUUCAAAAUUCUAUUAAUAGAAUCCCGACGUUCCAAAAGGGCGCGCAGGGCGCAACGAUUCUUCUCCUAUCAGACACGGUUCCCAUCCUUCGCCAUUUUCUCCUCCCCUUCUCUUCAUCCUUCUCAAUAUCUGCAAGAAUGGCUUUAACUGAAAACCCAUCACGGCAGUCUUUGAUCCCGAGUUUCCUCUACGCCUCCAAGAAGACGAUGAGUUCGGAGCCGAAUAAUAUGCCGGAUUUGAAGAUUACUCCAUUUGCCUCGCUGGAUUCACCGGCGACGGUCGGGAUUCAGCGGAAUUUUGUGAUUCCAGCGCCGAAAGAGAGCAAUAUAGAGAUGUUCUCGCCGGCGUAUUACGCGGCGUGCACCAUCGGAGGAAUGUUGAGCUGUGGUCCUACUCACAUGGCCGUCACGCCACUUGAUAUUGUCAAGUGUAACAUGCAGAUUGAUCCCACAAAGUACAAGAACAUUAGCUCUGGCUUUGGAAUUCUGCUCAAGGAGCAGGGAAUCAAGGGUCUGUUCAAGGGGUGGGCGCCAACACUGCUUGGGUACAGUGCUCAGGGAGCGUGCAAGUACGGAUUAUACGAGUAUUUCAAGAAGUAUUAUACCGACAUUGCUGGUCCUGAGUAUGCUGCAAAAUACAAAACCUUAAUCUACCUUGCAGGAUCUGCGUCCGCUGAAGUGGUUGCUGAUGUUGCCCUUUGUCCUUUUGAGGCCGUUAAGGUCCGUGUCCAGACGCAACCUGGUUUUGCAAGAGGUUUGGCCGAUGGACUUCCUAAGAUUGUCAAGGCUGAAGGAGCUAAAGGGCUUUACAAAGGGUUAGUUCCGCUUUGGGGACGACAGAUUCCUUAUACGAUGAUGAAGUUCGCCACUUUUGAGAACAUCGUUGAAGGUUUAUACAAAUACGCCAUUCCAACUCCAAAAGGAGAGUGCAGCAAAACAUUGCAGCUCGGUGUUAGUUUCACCGGUGGCUACAUAGCUGGAGUGUUAUGCGCCAUUGUUUCGCACCCUGCUGACAACCUCGUCUCUUUCCUCAACAACGCCAAGGGUGCAACCGUUGCCGAUGCGGUGAAUAAGCUAGGGUUAUGGGGGCUAUGUACUCGGGGGCUCCCUCUCCGUAUUAUCAUGAUCGGUACUCUCACGGGAGCACAAUGGGGCAUCUACGACUCAUGCAAAGUCUUCUUUGGGCUGCCUACUACUGGUGGUGGGAAUCCUGCUCCUGCACAGAAGUGAACUAGUAUGAAAUAGUAAAUGUAUUAUUGUCUUCAGGAUGCAAUUUACACAAAGAAUUUGUAGCCAUUUGGUUCUCAUUCAAUUGUGUGUUGAAAUUAAUCUUAGAUGAUUUCUUCUUUUUUCUUAUGUAGUAAUGGUUGAGUGAAAUUUGAUCAAAAUAAGUUAUAUAGAAAUAAGAGUAUCAAACUUGUUACGUCAUUGCGAUUGAUUUGAUUGGAUUAAAGUUGAUUUUAUUCUAAGCUAUAAGCGGUAGAGUUAUGCUCUGCCCCCUGCCUCCCACUGUUUUCAAA